CAGAAAGAAGGAGGUGAAUGUUUUGGGGAGAGCAAAAAGCAUAUAAAGCAGAGACAUACUGAGACAGGCAGCAACAAGUGGCAGAUAAGCAAGGAAGAACCAAGAAGAUCAGACUAGAGUUUCUGUACACAAGAGAGAGUGUUAUGGCUGCCAAACGAGAUCUUCCUUUACCCCUGCUGCUUUUUUGCCUCCUCAAAACCAUUAGCUCCUUGCCCAUGACAUCCCAACCUCCAGAGUUUGGCCCUCUGGAUUCUGUAACUCUACUAGGCUCUCCAACUGAAGGUUUUGUGAUUGUGCCUGAAGAAUAUGAUGAUGUGGAUGAUUACACCGUCAUUUCCACUGUGCCACUGGUACCUACACAUGGUGUUUUAGAAAGAUGCGACUAUAAACCAUGUCUUGAAAACCAGCCUUCAUGCUACGAGCUGUCAGCCUCUUUUGGAUGUUUGUGUCCUGGAUUAUCUACAAAUAAAGUCCCCCCAGAGGCCCCUAAUUUGGGAUUGGUAACGUUGAACGGAUCAGAUGUGACAGUUGCGUGGUGUGAACCCCUUUCAUACGUCACAGGAUACAUUGUAACAGUGGGUGGACAAGAAAAAUAUACAUUUAGCAAAGACAAACGCAGUGGUAGUAUAGGACAAGUUGAUGAUGUUGUCCAAGUGUGUGUGAGUGCAGUGAAUGACGCAGGGAAAAGCAAAGCGUCUUGUACCAUGUACGAGCCCUCAGACAGGAGCUUACCUCUAAAAGUAGGUCUGAUUGGCGGAGUGCUGGUUCUGCUGGUGGUGCUGCUGAUGGUGGCUCUAAUAUGGAGGAGGAGAAGGCAGAGGAAGCAGGAGGCUCACAUCUCCAGAGCACAGUGAACGGGACAGGAUGCUCAAGAGAUAAAAGACUGUCCCACGAGACUCAUCUCAACCAUUAAUUAGGGCUUCACGCACACAGGCCAUCUGCAAAGGGAGAGUGGUUAUCAACAAGAUGUCUUUAGAGCUAAAUUUGGCAUGUAAGUUUACAAAAUGUUCUAAUGAAGGCACCAAUGCUUUCAAUCAAAUAUGUCAAGUUAAUGUACUCAACAGAAAAGACUGUACUGUAUGCAGGCAUUAUCUUAGUUGGCUUCAUAAAAAUACUAGAGUUCGCAAGGAUAAAAUCAAUAAUUAAGAUGAUAAAAAGUAGAUGAACCUUUCAACAUAAUAAGGACAAGAACUUUUAUGAUAUAUUCACAGUAACAGAAAAAUGGCCAACAUUCAGACCCAUCUGAAUGUAAUUUGAUUAUUAUUAUCUUUUUAAACUAUGGCUGAAUAUCAGUAUAGCUUUGCUUUGGCAUAUAAGUAAUGUUUUUUUUUUAGAGAACCAUCACAAAAGAAACUUUUAUUCUGUGAACUGAACAAAGGUUUUUUUGGUCCAAUUGGCAGAAUAAAAUUUUCUUUUGCAAUAGAACUUACCUGGACGACUGAGACAUUACACAGAAAUAGAUGCAGAGAAAUUAUAUUUACAGUCAGUAUUAUAUGGUCUGUAACUGGGUAUUUAUAACUGAAUUGUGUUAUUGAUGUUGGCAUGUUAAAUUUUUCUCUCUGUGAGAGUGACAAGUGUGAUGUUAAUAAAGAUCUCGUUUUUUCUGAAA